AUGGUGAUAAGUUCAACUUUAACAACGCAACUCGAAAAUAUCCAUGCACCAGUACCAUUAAGUCGAACUCGACCAAGAUCAGUACCUGUUUACGCGACAGGAUCGCCUGCACUGAGCACGCCCAGUCCAACUCGUUCACAUCAUCGUCGACGUCACAAACAAAAAAUAUCCAUUGAUGAUAAGCCACCAUUUAUUAAUUAUGCCUCAUCGUAUAUUAAUCCAUAUCUUUCUCUACAACCUGUUCAAGUUUAUCAUCAGUCUCGUCGUCAUGUUCGUUCGAGUAGUAGCAGUUCAAAACGAAAAUCUAAGAAACAAAAAUCACCAGAUGAUUUACUUGAAACAAAUGAAGCUAAUGAAAUUCACGAGAGAAUCAUGUCAACACAGUUAGCACGAAAUCAUCGUCCUAUUGACAUAAGACCUUUAGAUGCAAGUGCGUUCGAUAAAAGUUUUUGCCAAAAACGUCAAAUGAUAAUUGACAAUCCAUUCUAUCGUGAAAAAGUUGACUCAUGGAAAGUUUCAUCUGUUAAUAAUCUUAUUACGUUAAUUAAAGAAUUAACAUUAGACAAAAAUAUUAUUGAUCGUAUUUGGAUUAUUUAUUAUUGGAUUUCACAAAAUAUUCAAUAUGAUAUUGACGCAGAUUUUAGUAGUCGUCAUCGACAUCAAAAAGCUGAAGAUGUUUUUCGCAGUGGUAAAAGUACAUGUGAAGGUUAUGCAUCUCUUUUUAAAACACUAUGCGAUGAUCUUAAUAUUCAUUGUGAAAAAAUUCGUGGUUAUGCAAAAGAUUAUUUUUUCAAAAUAGAUAAACCAGCAUUUUCUCAAUUCAAUCAUACAUGGAAUGCUGUACAAUUGAAUAAUCAUCAUUGGUAUUUAAUUGACACAGCAUGGGGCGCCGGAUUUAUUGAUAAUCAGCAUAAAUAUAAACAAGAUCUUAAACCUCAUUAUUUUUUAACACAUCCCGAACAUAUGAUCUAUAAUCAUUUACCUGAAGACGUCCGAUGGCAACUGCUUUCGAAGCCAAUUACAAUGGAGGACUAUCUUCAACUUCCACAUAUACAUUCAUAUUAUUUUAUACAUGGUCUUCAUAUAAUUUCUCCUAGAUUUUCGAGUAUAGUGACAUUUAAUGCGAGUCAAUCGUUUGCUGAAGUUUUAAUUCAAACACCCGAUGAUAUUCAAUUGACAUGUUCGAUUAAAGAUGAUACUCGAAGUACGAGUCUUACUCAAUAUGAUUCUACUCGUCAAGUAUGGCAAUGUUUAUUUUCCCCAUAUAAAAGCGGUUUUCAUACCUUGAUUAUUUUCGCUAAACAAUUCUCGGAAAUAAAUUUAUUUAAAAAUGUUAUUGAGUUAGGUGUGACUGUACAUUCAAGGGAUUUUAUCAAAGGAAAAACAUUACCAAUGACUUUUGGAAAGUUUAGCGAAUAUAAAUGUCAAAUUAUCUCACCAUUGGAUGGUGCUCUUAAACGUGGCACGAAAGUAACUAUUCGUUGUCGUAUUCCACAUGCAUUAAGUGCACGAAUUUCACUCGAUGGUGUUUGGCUGGAUGAAGUUACAUUAGUUAAUGAAGUAUUUAAACAACAAAUUAAUGUACCAGAACAAGAAGUGAUUAUUUACGCAAAAUUUAUGAAUAAAAAAAUGAACAAACACUAUCAUGGACUUAUUAGAUACACAGUAGAAAAAUAA